ACUCUGUCUCUAUCUGCCUAUCUACCGUCUCCUCCUCCUCCUCCUGCUUCUUCAUCGCCUCCGCCGCCGUCGUCUCCGCCGCCGCCGCCGCCAGGUUUAUCUUAAGAUCUCCAGAGAAGACGUACAAAGCACUUUAGAGAUGGAAGACGGACACACAGCAGCCGUCUGUGGAGAUGUAUGAGAGUGUGUGAGUGUGUGUGUGUCUGCUGUCUGUGAGAGAGAGAGAGAGAGAGAGUGUGUGUGGAGAUGACAUGGAGACUUGCUGAGAAUUGCUCCUGAAUAAGCUGGCCGACCUCGGAGUGCUGUGUGAGUAGAGUGGUGGGGUGGCCUUGUCAGUGAAAGGUGCCAAGUUGGAGGCGGGGAACCACCAGGGACACUUCUGUUUUAGAGACGUGUGGACAAAGACAUUCGCAAGAUGGACUCCAUAUCUGAUGUGUUUGAGAGACACCGAAGUAAUUAUAUUCGAUAAAAUAUGGUCACUAUGCGCCCAUCAACUGUUCUACAACCUCCGUGUUUAUUAUUAUCAAGCACCAUCAUUGACUUUACAUAGUCUCUAUUCUUCGUUACAUUUAUUCAUUUUUUUUUUUUAAGUAAUUAUUUGAUUUCUGAAAUUAGCAAUUUGAUUUCAAGAUAUUUACUGGUGGAAGACAACAAUAAAAUAUUGCCAGACUCGUGAUUGUGAUGUGCAAAGAAAAACCCAUCAAAUUUAUUAAUUACUCUUACAUGAUUGAUGGAUUAAUUAAUGUGGGAUCAGCGAAAUCUUCCAGUUGUAAAAUCAGGCUGCAAAAGGAGCAAAGAAAGUCUCUGCCUGAAGAAUAUUGAAUAAAAAAAAAGUGCUGAGAGACUUUCACCAAACACACUCACAUAUACACACACACACACUGUCUUUGGAAGAAAAUAGUGAACCAUCUCUGUUAAAACAUCAAUUUUCAAAAAAACUCAGAUAGCUUGCAUCUUUAAUUCAGACAUUCAGCAUACAUCUAUAUGUAUAUAUAUCUAUAUUAAGUGACACAAUAUAUAUAUUACAUGUAUAUGAACAUAAAUAUAUAUUAAACUACAUAAAGCACACACACCCACAUGUAUACAUAUACACACAUUCAUUGAAUAACUUAACUUGUAUAUGUAUAUGCACAGACAUACACAUACACGCUUGUGAUUAAUCUUGAAUCAAACCUCAUUUUAUCAGUGUCCAACCAUGACAGUCACUGUGAGCUCUGUUGCUAUAACAGCAGGUACGAUAUCUCACAUGUAAUAUUUUCCUGAUUAAUCUCUACACCCACUGGAUCUAUACAAUCAUUUAAUUUAUUACACGCAGUUUAUCCCCUUCAAACCAAUUAAUCUUUUACAUAUCGAGCCGAUAUUGACCACAAGACCAGAGUGCAAAAUUUCUUGUAUGGUUUAAUUAAAACCAGGUUAAAGCUUGAAAAUGGACGGAUACAUGAGUGAGAAGACGAUCCAUUGCAAUGUCCCCAGCCAACAGUUCCAGCCUCAUUACGCUCUGCCCACGCACGGCCGGAUGUCACAUGCAGCUGAAAAGCAAUUCUCUAUGGACAUGUGCAGCAAGCAGUUUGCACAGAGCUGCUAUUUCCAGGCUGCCGUCUCGCAUGACCGACCAAUGAUUGUGCCAUGCAGCAACAUCUACGCCAAGCAAUAUGCAUCCCAGAACUGUUAUCUGCAAGCGGCUGCCGCUUCCCUGUCUUUGAACGACCAGCGUUGUCAACAGAGUCCCGUUCACAUGACCACGCCGCAUCCUCCCCAGAGUCCCCUCCAAGGGUCAGUCCUGAGGCAGGCCCACGACCAGCACAUUUCAAACCAGAGUCAUCACGGUCAGGUCCUGGAACCGCUCUCCAUUGAAAAACCGUCUCUGCUGUCGCCAAGGAGCAGUUCCACCGAAUCAGCUUGUCAGCAGCAGCAGCAGCAGCAGCAACAACAACAACAACAACAGCAGCAACAACAACAACAGCAACGGCAACAACAACAACAACAGCAACAACAAACACAACCUCAACAACAACAACAACAACAACAACAACCAGAAGCUGCCAAACCGUUUGUGAGCCACAGCCCCUCCCCCAAGACACUGCUUCCUCCCAACCACCUCCACCACCACCACCACCACCAUCACCAUCCCCACGGUAAUCAUAGUAUUAGCUAUCAUCAUCAUCAUCACGUUCAUAAUAGCACCAACAGCAAUAACAGUUGCUGUGGUGGUGGAGGAGGUGGUGGUGGUGGCGGUAGUAGCUGCAGAGCGAACAAUGCCACCCCAAACUGUAUCACCCCCACUCCUACCCCUACACCUCCCGCCUGCAGCAGCACCCCCACCACCAACAGCAGCAACAGCAACAAUAUCAAUAAUAACAAUAAUAAUAAUAAUAACAAUAACAGCAGCAGCACCGGCAGCAGUAACAACAGCAGCAAAAUCAGCAACAACAACAACAACAGCAGCAACAAUAGUACCAACAGCAACAAUGACAUCAAUAAAAGCAUCAGCAUCAACAACAACAACAACAACAACAACAGCGAGGAGAAGAAUGUAAAAUGCGUGAAGCCUUUCCAUUGUACAGAUUGUCCGAAGCAGUUUGCUCAGAGACACACUCUUCAGAUUCACAAGAGAUCCCACACAGGAGAGAAACCAUUCCACUGUGACACUUGUUCCAAGCAGUUUGCUCGACGUGACAACUUGAAAAUCCACCAACGUAUUCACUCAGGUGAGAAACCGUUCACCUGUGAGUUUUGCCAAAAAAAGUUUGCCAGAAACGACAAACUGCAAAUCCACAGGCGUUCUCACACCGGCGAGAAACCAUUUCCUUGUGAUUUCUGCUGUAAACAGUUUGCGCAGAGGGACAAGCUACGAAUGCAUCGCAGGACACAUACGGGGGAGAAGCCAUAUUCUUGUGAUAUAUGUUCCAAAUGUUUCGCCCAACGAAAUACUCUUCAAACCCAUAAACUCACUCAUUCCGGAGAGAAACCUUUCCAGUGUCAACUUUGUCCGAAGCAAUUUGCUCGUAAAGACCACCUGCAAAUUCAUACCCGAACCCAUACAGGGGAGAAACCGUUUCAAUGCAGCGUUUGUCCAAAGAAGUUUGCACGAAGAGAUAAACUGCAGAUGCACCAAAGAACUCAUUCUGGGGAAAAACCGUUUUGUUGUUCCCUUUGUCCUCGGCAAUUUUCCCGCAAGGAUAAGCUACAGAUCCACCACAGGGUACAUUCUGGUGAGAAACCAUACGAGUGUGGAGUUUGCAUGCGCCGAUUUGCCCAGCGGGACCGCCUCCAGCUACACCAACGAACCCACACAGGGCUAAAACCAUACCCGUGUGAUCUGUGUAUCCAGAGGUUUGCCCGCCGGGACACGUUACAAAUCCACCGACGGACUCACACUGGAGAGAAACCGUUCCAUUGUGAGGUGUGUGGUAAAGCUUUCUCCCAGACGGGCAAACUACAACGACACAGACGAACACAUAAGCAACUAAGAAAAAGCAGUACGAGUGGAGCUGUCGGUUCUACUUUAGGGGCUGGUUUAGGGGCUGGGGCUACAACUGCUGCUAAUUCAUGUAAAAAUGUUAAAGAGUACACCCCAUUAAAUACCAUUUUAUGGCAGACUAUAUAUUAAUGGUUAAUUGGUAGUCGUGUGAGAAGUUUAUGGCUUCUACAGGGAAGCAACCCCCUGGGUCAGGGGCAGUUUUAUUAUUGCAUGUUACUCACCGCAAACAUUAGUCUCUCGGUGGGUCUGAAUGGUUAUUACGAAAUAAUAACAAAUGGAAUUGAUGUCUCUUCUGACCCAAAACUGUUUCUAAAAACAAGUUUAUCUUUCACUCAUUCUUCCAUCAAUUUUUCUUAGAGAGUUUUUCACUCGAUUCUUCUGAAUUAGUUCUGUAAAAUUCUGUCAAAGGUCAACAUUUGACAAACUAGUGACCCGGUUGUUUUGUAGUUUAGUUUCACUUUAGGCCCCUUCGGUCCUAUAGAAAAUCCGUUUAGCUGUAAAUAGGAAUGAUGUGGACAAUCCUAAUUAAUUAAAUAUUUCUUGUUAACAUCCUGGUAUAUCCUCAUUGGUUAAACACCACCCUUAACAUACCCCACUUUGCCUACCUCCCUGGGUGGGGAAGAAAUGAAAUAAAAUAUAAAAAAAUAUACUUACAAAAAAAAAUGGAAGCAUUUUUGAAAAUUAUUUCAAGCAAAAGUUAUAAUUUAUUUGUAAAUUAAAAAAA